UGCGCGCAUGCGCAUGUCACCCGGCAGUGAAACUCGCUUAUUCACAGGUGAAUAACAUCAAAACAGACACAGAGCGUCCCGAGAUCAGAGAUCAGAAAUGGGCAAAGGCGGCGGAACGUUUGAGAGACUGUUGGAUAAGGCUACCAGUCAGCUGCUGCUGGAGACAGACUGGGAGUCCAUUUUGCAGAUAUGUGACCUCAUUCGGCAAGGCGAUACGCAGGCUAAAUAUGCAAUUGGUGCCAUCAAGAAAAAACUCAAUGACAAAAAUCCACAUGUAGCGCUCUAUGGUCUUGAGGUCCUGGAGUCAGUGGUGAAGAACUGUGGCCAGACGAUUCAUGAUGAAGUGGCCAGUAAGCAGACAAUGGAAGAACUGAAGGAGCUGUUCAAGAAACAACCCGAACCGAACGUGAAGAACAAGAUCCUUUAUCUGAUCCAGGCCUGGUCCCACGCUUUCCGCAACGAGCCCAAGUACAAAGUCAUCCAGGACACCUAUCAGAUCCUGAAGGUGGAAGGUCAUGUCUUCCCAGAAUUCAAGGAGAGUGAUGCCAUGUUUGCAGCGGAAAGGGCCCCUGAUUGGGUGGAUGCAGAGGACUGUCACAGAUGUAGGGUUCAGUUUGGUGUUAUGACCCGAAAGCACCACUGCAGGGCAUGUGGGCAGAUUUUCUGUGGGAAGUGCUCUUCUAAGUACUCUACCAUUCCCAAGUUUGGCAUUGAGAAGGAGGUGCGUGUGUGUGAGCCCUGCUUCGAGCUUCUCAACAAGAAAGCUGAAGGGAAGGCCACCAGCGCUGGGCAGCCCGAGCUUCCCCCUGAGUACCUGACCAGCCCUUUGUCCCAGCAGUCUCAGAUGCCUCCUAAGAGAGAUGAGGCCGCGCUGCAGGAGGAAGAGGAGCUGCAGCUGGCCAUCGCACUGUCUCAGAGUGAGGCAGAGGAGAAGGAGAGGAUGAGACAGAAGAACCCUUACUCUGCAUACCCCAAAGCCGAUCCCACCCCUGUGACUUCCUCUGCCCCUCCUGUCAGCACUCUCUACUCUUCACCUGUGAACUCAUCGGCUCCAUCAGCUGAAGACGUGGACCCAGAGCUGGCCCGUUAUCUAAAUAGAACUUACUGGGAGAAGAAACAGGAAGAGGUUCGCAAGAGUCCCACCCCCUCUGCUCCUGCUCCAGUUUCACUGGCUGAGCCUGUGCCAAUCAGCCAACCAGUGGAAAGCCACGCUUCAGUCCAACCCAUCAACAUAGUAGAGCAAUAUCAGAAUGGAGAAUCUGAGGAGAACCAUGAGCAGUUCCUGAAGGCCUUGCAGAACGCUGUCACCACCUUCCUUAACCGCAUGAAGAGCAACCACAUGCGCGGCCGCAGCAUCACCAAUGACAGCGCUGUGCUCUCUCUUUCAGUCCAUCAACAACAUGCACCCUCAGCUGCUGGAAAUACUCAACCAGCUGGAUGAAAA